GAGUCAAAGAUAAAGCUUGUGGGUCCUACCCCGAAAGUGUUUCUUUCCUUAUUGCUCUUUCGGGUCUUCUCCUCCCUUCAGUUCUUUUGUCGUUUAUUUCUUAUUGAAGCUUUCGGUUUCCUUCAUCCCUGUUUGCCACUUUAUCCCUUCCAGUUUUGUUGCCACACACGUUAAACCACUCCGGCGGAAGUUAGGCAGGAUAUUCUCACAAGAAACCAGCGACCUUUCGUUUUCAGAAAUUCGACAUGCUCGCCGACUGUGGGUCUUCCUGUCCCUACGAUAAUGAAUCGUCUACGUCUCCUUACACAAAGUCCCCAUGGACCCAUCAUGCCCACAGCAAUUCUGCUCCCGAGAAGGAGAACCACAUUCCUUAUAACGUGCUUAUGGGUUCGCUACUACGUGAAGAGGGCCACAUAUAUUCCCUGGCGGCUGACGGUGACUUGUUAUACACGGGUUCCGACAGCAAGAACAUCCGGGUCUGGAAGAAUCAGAAGGAAUUUUCAGGAUUUAAAUCCAACAGUGGAUUGGUUAAAGCAAUAGUCAUCGCCGGAGAGAAGAUUUUUUCGGGUCAUCAGGACGGGAAGAUCAGGGUGUGGAAGGUUUCCGGUAAGAACGAGAGUGCGCACAAGCGAGUCGGAACGCUACCCUGUUUGAGAGAUCUUCUCAAAAGCUCCAUUAAACCGAGCAAUUACAUAGAAGUCCGGCGACGUCGCGUGCUCUGGCUCAAGCAUUUUGACGCCAUUUCGAGCCUUAGCUUGAACGAAGACAAAACUCUGCUUUACUCUGCUUCCUGGGACAAGACGUUCAAAGUGUGGAGAGCGUCAGGUUCGAAAUGCUUGGAAUCCAUUAAAGCUCACGAUGACGCCAUAAACGGCAUCGUCGCCGGAUUUGAUGGUUUGGUAUUCACAGGCUCUGCUGAUGGAACCGUCAAGGUCUGGCGGAGAGAAUUCCAGGGGAAGGGAACCAAACAUUUCUUCUCCCAGACUCUGUUGAAGCAAGAAUGCGCGGUGACAGCAUUGGCGGUGAACCCUAACGCCACCUUCGUUUACUGCGGUUCCUCCGACGGGCUGAUUAAUUUCUGGGAACGGGAAAAACAUCUGUCACACGGCGGGGUUUUGAGAGGCCAUAAAUUGGCGAUUCUGUGCCUGGCAACUGCGGGGAAUCUUGUUUUCAGUGGAUCGGCAGAUACGGGUAUCUGCGUGUGGAAAAGAUUGGGAAGCGAACAUUCUUGUCUCUCGGUAUUAACAGGGCAUACAGGGCCCGUUAAAUGUUUGGCGGUGGAGGAAGAUAAGGACGCGAUCGCUGGUGAAAACCGGUGGAUUCUGUACAGUGGCAGCCUGGACAAGUCGGUGAAGAUGUGGCGGGUGUCGGAGCAGGCACCGCCAAUGAUGCAAAACCAAUACCAGCAUUAUAAUACUACGGAAAGCCACCGUGGACGGCCCUCAUUGCAUUCAGCUCCUAGCUUUUCUUCUCUGAGCAAAGUACUUAGCCAGAGAUCGAAGUAAUGAAGGGAAAUACUGCUGCAUGCAUGCGAUGUUGCACUAAAGCUGAUCUAUGAUUUGAGAUUUGAGAAAUGUACAUAUGAAUAACAAAGAUUAAUUACUGCCUUGGAGUGAGGAGAAUUCGUGAUGAGAAAGCUCACAUGGCAAAAGGACCAUAAAAAUUCGGAACUCUUUGGAAUUUUGUCUUAUGUUUUCUUUUCUGUCGUGUGCAAGGGACAUCUUAAUCUUAAAAAAUAAUAAUAAUAAUAAAAGCAGGAACAUCUU